CGGGCAGGGCUCCAUCUUACUGAACACAUCCUCUUUGGUUGACGUUCCUCUCGGCCGUUGGACAAACCGCCCGUACGCUGGGCUGUGCCUGCCUGUGUCUGAUCCGAGUUGUAGUCGUGGUUCUCCACACAGGUCGCUAGCUGUACAUUUUUCUACUGAGAAGACGUAGGUUGUACAGAAACAUUAACAGGGACAUUUUUCCUCUCUCCUCACUUUCCCUGGUUUUUGUUUUUUGUUUCUUCUUUAAUUGAUUUUGUGCGAAGAAAACAAUUUUGCCAUCAUACAGAGUUUUGAUGGUCUGGGUCCAGUCUGUACCCACCAACAGACACAAGCCUUGUGGGUCUAACCAGUUAUAAGAGGAAACAUGAGCACAGCAAAGCCGAGUGGGAUCAAGGUGCCCAGCAAGAUUGCAAAACCACCUGGGACGGGAGCACCCAAGACCAACCCCAGCACAGGAGCUAAAGCUGCUGCGGCUGACAAAUCAGCUGCUACUGGUGGUGGCGGAGAUGCCCAGAAUGCUGAGGAAAAUUUCCAGAUUGGGGAGCGAGUAUGGGUGAAUGGGAAUAAGCCAGGCUAUAUACAGUUUUUAGGAGAAACACAGUUCGCUCCUGGACAGUGGGCAGGUAUAGUUCUAGAUGAGCCAAUUGGGAAGAAUGACGGUUCAGUGGCCGGGGUGCGGUACUUCCAGUGUGAAGCCCUACGAGGAAUUUUUACCCGUCCAUCCAAGCUGUCUCGCACAGAGGGGGAGGCUAAUGGGACCCAGACAGCGCCCCCAUCACGAGCUGCAUCACCCACUCCUUCAGUCGGAAGUGUAGCCUCCCAUACCCCCACCACAAAAUCAGCGUUGCCCUCAACAACCAAGAAGGCCUCAACAUCUACACCUGCUACACCAGCUACCAACCUUGCACGUACCAACAGUGAAUCGGUCUCCAACCUUUCAGAGACUGGUUCAGUCAAGAAAGGCGAAAGAGAACUGAAGAUGGGUGACCGUGUGCUGGUUGGUGGUACUAAGGCAGGAGUGGUUCGUUUCCUUGGAGAAACAGAUUUUGCCAAAGGCGAGUGGUGUGGUGUGGAACUUGAUGAACCCUUAGGCAAGAAUGAUGGAGCAGUGGCAGGCACAAGAUAUUUUCAGUGCCAAUCCAAGUAUGGCUUAUUUGCUCCAGUGCACAAAGUCACACGCAUUGGCUUCCCUUCAACCACGCCAGCCAAAGCAAAGACAACAGUUCGAAAAGUUGUGGCUACACCAUCAGGCCUGAAGCGAAGCCCCAGUGCCUCUUCAAUCAGUACCAUGAGCUCUGUGACCUCCUCUGCCAGCGCCAAGCCUAGUCGUACAGGCCUGCUAACAGAGACUUCAUCGAGAUAUAAUCGAAAGAUUUCGGGCACAACGGCCCUGCAGGAAGCGCUGAAGGAAAAGCAACAGCAUAUUGAGCAGCUGAUGGCUGAGAGGGACAUGGAGAAAGCUGAGGUUGCCAAGGCCACCAGCCAUGCGGGAGAGAUGGAGCAAGAAAUUUCCCUGCUCAGGGAUGAUCAGGAGCAGAUGGAGACAAAAAUGGAUCAGUUACGUGCCUUGGUAGAAGCUGCAGACAAAGAUAAAGUAGAGCUGCUGAAUCAGUUGGAAGAGGAGCGCAGGAAAGUGGAGGAUCUGCAGUUCCGGGUAGAGGAAGCUUGCAUUACCAAAGGAGACUUGGAGACGCAGACCAGGCUGGAGCAUGCCCACAUUAAGGAGCUUGAACAGAGCCUGCUCUUUGAAAAGACCAAAGCUGAGAAACUCCAAAGAGAGUUAGAAGACACUAGGGUUGCAACGGUGUCAGAAAGAUCUCGAAUUAUGGAGCUUGAGAAGGACCUUGCACUGCGAACAAGAGAAGUUACAGACCUGCAGCUGCGUCUCGGCACCCAGCAGGGUGGUGAGGACUCGAACUCAACUGUUUCUCCACUGCUUGAUGAGAUAAAUUCUCUGAGAGAUCAGUUAGCUUCCCAAGAAUCUAAGCAGCAAGAGGAGGUGGGAAAGUACAAGGAGAAGUUGGAAGACCAAGAAAAGCGCCACAGUGAGACAGUUGUCCAGCUUCAGGCUGCAUCUGUUCGACUUUCAGGUGACAAUGAACAGUUGCAGAUGCGCCUAAGCCAGGCUGAGAAGGAGAAUACAGAGGUUAUUGAAUCAUGGCGUUUAAAAUUAGAGUCUGCCGUUGCCUCUCAUCAGCAAGCCAUGGAAGAGCUGAAGCUGUCUUUCAGCAAAGGUGCAGGUGCCCAAACUGCAGAGCUUGUAGAAACCAAAAGUGCACUAGAAAAGCUAAAGUUAGAGCACAAGUUGGGUCUAGACGAGACUGAAGCCAAACAUAAAGCUGAAUCCUUGGCUUGGACUCAGGAGAUACAGGCUUUGAAGGGACAGGUUUUGUCUUUGACUGAAGACAAGGAGAGACUGGAGGAGUCACUACGGUCUCGAGUUGAAAGAGCUGAAGAGCAGCACCUCGUGGAGAUGGAGGAUGUUCUUGGAAAGCUUCAUGCUGCUGAAGUUAGAUUAAAGGAGUUUGAGGAGAAAGAGGCAGUGUUGACACAACAGGCACAAGACAAGGACAGAGAAACCAAAGAGCAGAUGGCAGAGGUGGUGGCUUUGCGUAGCCAAGUAGCACAAGGCAACCAGGAGCUUGAGACCCUCAAGACUCAGUUAGAGGAGGUUCAGAGCCAAGGCAGCUCACAGGGGGCCAAGGUCAAUAAAUUAGGAUCUCUGUUGGAUGGAAAAGAGAAGGAACUCCUCUCAAUACAGCAGAGUCUAAAUACUGUACAACAGCAGAAGGACGCCCUAGAACAAGAACUUGGAAGCCUGAAACAAAAGAUGUCUGAAAGCACAGAGGAGCAGAUUAAAUACUCUAAAACUAUGCAAGAAACAGUUGAGAAACUCAGUAAGCAGGAGGAGCAGUGCGCAUCCCUGACAGCAGAAUCAGAGUCUCUUAAAAGUCAACUGGCAGGACUGGAAAGGAAGCUGAAGACUGCAGAUGAAAAGGUUGAACAGCUUACAAAGGACAAAAGCAAGCUGGAAAAUAAUAUUUCAGACAUGAUGAAGGCAUCUGGUGAUAGUUCAGUGCAGCUCUCCAAAAUGAACGAAGACCUCAUGCAGAAAGAACGGAGGCUUGAGGAAUUACAGAAUCAUUUAGCAGAGGAGAAGGAAAAAGUGGCACACUUGAAUGAUCAACUCCAGCAAGAAAUGACCCGCAAAGAUGAGGUGCUCAAGGAGACAAGAAGUACACAUCAGUGUCAAAUCAGUAGCUUUGAAGAAAAGAUUGCAUCUCUGGAGAAGACCGUGCAACAAGGUGAAACCCUGGUUGAAGAGCUGAAGACUUCCCACAAGAAGUCCCUGUCUGAGGCAUCAGAACUCCAUGGGAAGGAGCUUCAGGUGAUGCAGGAUCAGGUUAACCAGUUAAAGCAGGAUCUCAGUCUCUCCAAGGAUAAAGGUCAGGAGUUGCAGAAGCAGGUGUCUGAGUUGCAGCCCUAUAAGGAGCAGGCACAGUGUCUUUCCGCUGAGCUUGAGUCCACCAAGCAUGAUGUUGAACAUUUAUCCAAACAAAUGGAAAAGCAGAGUCUAGAUCUGGAGCUCAUGUGUAAGGGAAGUAAGGCUGUUGAGACUGAGAAAAGUAAACUGGAGAAUCAGCUUUCUGAUAUGCAAACAAAAUUAUCUGCCCUUGAGGUUAGUCACCAGCAGCUUUCAGUCCAGAAUGAAGAACUGCAAAAAACUAAAGAUAUACUUUCAAAACAUGAAGAGGAGCUUCUGGCCAAAAAAAGUUGUUCAGAUGAAGAAAGAAUUUCUCUCAGCAAAGAGCUGGAGAAGCUAAAAGAUGACCUGCAUCAAGUACAGAUUGAAAACAAAAACCUGAAGCAAGCCAAAGAUGAGCAGCAGGCCAAAAUUGAGGAACUGGAAAAACAAACUGCAGAGAAGAAUGACAUGCUGUUAAAGCAUCAACAGGACAUCCAACAGAUUGAGACUAAAAAGAAGCAACUACUCGAGGAUUAUGAAAAUGCCUGCAAAGAGAAGAUCAGACUUGAAGAGGACAUGAGUGAAAAUAUAUCUAAGCUCACAUCUGAGAAGGACAAUCUAAUUUUAGAGAGAGACGCUGCUAGAAAUGCCAAAAAAUCCCUUGAUGCUAAAAAUGCUGAUUUGCAGUCAAAAAUUAAAUCUUUGAACUUAGAAAAAGAAGAUCUCACAAUGAAGAAUACUCAGCUGCAGGUUCUGACAGAAACAUUAGCAAAGGAGAAAGAGGGUAUGUCUUCUGAAAUCAGCACUGUCACGUUGGAUAAGAAGAAUCUUGAGACAAUGAAAGAGGAGCUUCAAAAUAAACUCAGUGCCACUAAGAAAGAGUUAGAGAAUUCUCUCCGUGAAUGUGAAGAACUUAAAGCAUCAAAAAUGAGCCUGGCUCAGAUGUUGGAAGAGUUUAAAACGAGCAGCCAAGUUACUGAUUCUGAGAGACUUCACCUUCUACAGGAGAAGGAGGACCUUCUUGCAGUCCAAAGAAAAGUGUGUAGUGAAAAAGAUGAGCUCCUCAAAGAGAUAGAAGAACUAAAGGAGAAGCUUCAAGUCUCAGCAGAACAACUUUGUCAGUCAAAUGAGAAACAUAAAGAGGCACUAUCAUCUUUGGAGCAAGAAAAGCAGUCUUUUAAUCUUCAGAAUUCUGAAACUGAGAUGACUCUUCAUGCUUUACGAAAAGAACAAAUGAGCCUGGAAUCUGCAUUAGAGCAACAGAAGAUGGAUUACGAGCGACUGGCAGUGGAGAAGGGAGAAUUAGAAGAGAAGCACAUAAAAGUUAUAUCUGAGAAGGAUGCUCUUUCUCAUGAGCGAGAAAAGUUAGCAGGUGAUGUCCGAGCAGCCAAGGACCAGUUGGAUAGUUAUUCCAGAGCUAAUGCCGACCUUACUCAAGAGAAGUCUGACUUAACAGCAAAACUGGAAGAAAACCAACGGCAAAAAGAUGAGGCUGAAGCUACGGUAACUUCACUGAAACAUGACAAAGCUGACCUACAAAAGAAGUUGCAGAAACAAAGCUCUGAUAUAGAACUUCUUGAAAGGGGCAAAGAUAAAUUGGUUGAGGAACACUGUAAACUAAAACUAGAUUCUGAAAAAGCUCAUUUAGACCUCAUUCAACAGGUGGACAAGCUUACAAAAGAUUAUCAGAAUCUGCAGUCACUUCAGGCUGAGACCGACAAAAAAUUGCAAUCUACACAAGAAGAGAAAGAGGGUCUGUUGAAAGAAAACCAGGAACUGAAAUGUCAAACUAAAUCAUUGUUAGAGUCCAAGGUUUGUCUUAAGUCCCAGUUAAAGGCUGAAGCCAGUGAACGGAGUAAAAUGACCGCUGAUAAAGAUGGUCUCUCCAGACAGAUUGAAGAGCAGCAGAAGAAGAUCUCCAAACUCAUGCAAGAAAAUGAGGAUAUAUCCUCUAAUCUCAAGAACACUGCUGAACAGAAGAAGUCAGAUGUGGCAUCUCUGAGCACACAAUUAAAGCAGAGAGAGCAAGAAAUUAGUCAGCUGGCUGUAGAUAAAGAACAGCUUGUCUCUAAACUUGAGGAGAUGGGAAAGCAGAUUUCCUCCCUGACCACAGAAAAGAAAAAGCUUUUAACUGGACAGAGUAAAUUAGAUCAGGACAUCACCUCUCUUCGCAGUAGUCAAGAAAAAUGGCUUUCAGAGCGAUCAGAGCUCCUUGGAGAGUUAGACAAGUUGCAGACCACCCAAAAACAACUACAAGUAGAUAUCAAGACAUUACAAAGUGAUAAAGAAGCUUUGGAAAAGCAAUACAGGGAGGCUGUUGGGGCGGUGUCAGCUUCUGCAACUAUGAAAGAAGAGCUUUCCUCCAGCAUCUCUAACUUGACAGCUCAGAGGGAAGCCCUGCAAGUGGAGAGAGAUGAAGCCGCCCAGCAAGUCAUGCAGCUCGAGUCCCAACUAAAAAAUGCGCUUUCUAAGCAGCUUGAGGCAACAGAGGCUUCUGGGAAAACUGCUGAGGCCUUUGAGCAUCUGACAAAGGAAAAAGCCACUUUACUGCAGGAGAAAAAUGAAGCCCAGUCUUUGUUGGAAGAGGUCCGUACUUCGAAACAGGAAAUGGAGACUCAGCUUAAAGCACUAAUGGAGGAGAAGUCCAAGCACCAAGAUGACCUGAAAGUAUUGAAAGAGCAGCUUUGCACAGAAACUCAGAAGACCAAGACUCUCUCCCAGGAAAUUGAGCGGCUGAAAGAAACUGUUUCAACGAAGUCGCAAUCCCUUCAGAAACUGCAGGAUGAGCACAACAAGCUGAAUGAAGCGCUUGAUAACAAUCAAAAAGAUCAGAGUGAUCUUAUGAAGCUCAAGGAUGAACAGGCAAAACUCAAGAAACAGUUAGGAGAGUUGAAGCAAAGCCUGCCAAAUAAUUCCUUCAGUGAGAAUACGUUGAAGGAGCAGUUGGUGAAAGAAAAGGCUGCCCUUCAGCAGUCCAUCAAUAAAAACAGUGCCUUAACCUCUGAAAAGGACCAGCAAGUGGAAAACCUAAGGAGCGAGCUGGCUGUACUUCGUGGGGAAAGUGCCUCUGUUAAGACACUCCAGGGUAUGGUUCAGGCCUUGGAACAGGACAAGGCUGAUCUUCAAGAGCGUGUUAAGAGACUGGAGAAGGAUCUGGCUGCAGGGCCUGAUGGUAUCAACAAGUCCUCAGGUGAUGCAGUGUUGGACCAACUGCUGGAGGACAAGGAGACUGCAGAGAGUCAGGCAGCGAUUGACUUCCUGAAUUCAGUCAUCGUCGACCUCCAGAGGAAGAACGAGGAACUCAAGGACAAACUGGAGAAAAUGGCAGCUGCUGCUCUCAAUGGGAAUAAUGCGAGCGAGCUGGAUAACUAUGACAGUCUCGACAAGGAACCCGUGAAGAAGAAGCCUCCCCCGAGGCUGUUCUGCGACAUCUGUGAUUGCUUCGACCUCCAUGACACAGAGGACUGUCCCACACAAAUGCAGAUGCCCGACUCUCCUCCUCACACCACCUACCAUGGCAAUAAGGGCGAUGAGCGGCCCUACUGCGACAUCUGUGAGGUCUUUGGCCACUGGACCGAAUCCUGCAAUGACGACCAGACCUUCUGAAGCCUUUUCAACAUUUGUUCGCACAAUCACUAUAUUUGCACAUCAUAUUAGAGUAAGCGGUGCUUUUGGGGUUUUAGUUUUUACAUGUGCAUUCGUGCUUGUUUUUGCUAAGCAUCUUUACUGUCCACGCCAGCCCUUAAGCGCUCUUAUGGGAGAACAGUCUCCUCACAAUCUCUUUCCAAAAAUCAUCCCAAAAAAUAAUAUACAGCGGUGUAACAGUUUAUACAUGUUGUAAAUGACUUUGGAGGAACAUGUUUGAUAUCCUGGGUUUGUGUGAUUGAGAAGAUACUGUAGGUGGACGUAUCCUUGUGGGAGGAGUGACAGUCUUUUCUAUCAAUUAAUUUAUCAAUAUCCUAAUGUUUGCACAGCUUGUCGGGGGAGGUUACAAAGAUAACAGUAUCAUAAAAGGUGUUUAUUUGAAACUGUAAAGUACUUGAUUUAAAAAACAAAUGUCAGUUUGCGCAAAAAUUGGUGAACUAUAGUUUAUUUUUUUAUGCCUGGAAAUACUAUGUACUCUUUAAAGGUUUGAUAUAGUAUGUGUGUAAUUUUGUGAUGAGUAAUCAUGGGACAGAAGAGCAGUGAAACUCAGUGCUGUUUGGAUUUACUAUGAACUUUUUUAUGGCCUUCAUGAAGGGACUGUUGAAUGAUAAAUGAGAAAGAACAAGUCGAAUUUAAUGCACUUCACAGUGUUAGCCCCUGGUGAAGUGGCCUUUCCAAAAAAGUUUCUUUGCAAUUCAAGAAGAUUUUCUGUAUGACACAAUUAACUACUUAGGCAUUUCUUUCAAACGUUUUGAAUAAAUGUAUAAAAUUAAAUUUAUGUAUAAAUUAAAACCAUCUGUUGUUUUGU